AUGUUCCGCAGCAUCACAUCCACAGCACUUCGAACUGCAACAGCGAGGCGCACACCCCUCGCUCUCCGUCCGCUCUCCACAUCUCGCUCGGUCAACAACGCCGAAGCAUCACCACCCUCGGCAUCGCAGCAGGAGGAGAUCACAGCGGGCGAACAAAAGAUCCGCUCGAUCCUCACGUCCAAGUUCAACCCUUCUAUCCUCAAAGUCCAAGAUGUUAGCGGUGAGUUUGCGUCGAACUCUUCAUGUGGAUGCAGUGUGGAAACUGACAUUCGUGUUGGGGGUUUCGAUAGGCGGAUGCGGAAGCUUCUACGCAAUCCAACUGAGUUCGAAAGAGUUCAAGGGUUUGUCUACAGUCAAAGCGCAUCGAAUGGUCAACGAGCAGUUGAAGGAUGUUAUCAAGGAUAUCCACGGUUUGCAGUUGAGAACCAUGGCCGAAGACUAGCCAUGCCGAACAGUACUCGAGCAAAUAGAAAAGCAAGAGAUGCGGCACAUCCGAUCAGCGUGCGAGCGUGCAUGUGUGAGAGAAAGAAGCGACCGCUGCUGAAAGGCGUGGUUCACGUUUUGAAUGAGUGGCAGCACAGGGUCUGA